AUGGAUAUCACUCGCUCAGCAAGAAAACGGAGGAAUAGUUCUGUCUCAAACUCAAGAGAUCAAUCUCCAGUCUCACACCGAACACGACAAAGCCUAACAGCGGUAUCCUCGGAUGCCAAUUGUAUCCAACAAAAGCCAGUUGCUGUUACACCAAAGAAGUCAAGAAAAAGAGUUCGGUUUUCCGACCCCGGUCCUCGGUUGCUGCAAGAUGCAGAUAUCGGAUCCACCGGCUUAUCGCCAGCUUUGCGGCGUACAUCCUUCCAGGGGCGGGGUGCAUCAUCAGGAUCAGGAGAUCGCACACCUAGCCGCGCAGCACGCCGCAGGUCCGCUCCCACACCACGGUUUCAGCGGUCUUAUGACCCGGUUGAGCCAUUUGAUGAAAAAUGCACGGAGCGGAGGAUUCAAUUUACCCCACUGCGUCAGAUUUUGGAUACACGCACCCAAAGACGAAUUCGUCGGAUUGGAUUGAGCGAUGAGAUCAAUGAUAUCCAGCGUGAGAAGCGUGAAACAAGCAACUAUGAGAAGACUAUGCGCAAUCUCAUCCAGGAGCGAGACGCACUGAAGAAUCAACUGAGAUCUAUGAAGCAAAAUGGAACGGGCUAUGAAGACGAAUCCUCGGCGGCAGAGGCCUUCUGGAUGACGCCGGAAACACUUUGUGAUGAUGUAUCUGUGACUUCCAAUGAUAGCCCGCAUGACGCUAUUCAGGCCAACGGUGACGAUGAUAUUUUCAUGCUUAAUGAUACUGCCAUAAUUGUGUCUAGUUCUCCUGAUUUCCGUGGCAUUCGGGACUGCAACCCACCGGUCACGGAUACAUUGAUGCUCGAGGAGGCUUCAACGAUACAUUUAUCUGCAGAAGCAUCCGACACCGUGACCCUUGCCAUUGACCUGGAGACUGCCAGGAAAGAAAAAAGAAUCCUUUUUGAUGCCUGUCGAUCGCGUUUCUCUGGACUCAAUGAGCCCGCAAUGGACAACUUGCUGCGCCAGUCAUCUCCGCCCCCAGACUUGUUCGAAAACAUUCUGGGAAUCUUGGGAAAUGCCUUAUCUCGUGCUUCCGAUGCCGCUGUGGCUCUUGAGGGAGUCAGCCAAGAAUGCUCCGGCCUUGGAUUCUCUGGCGAGGGAGUAAAUGCCGUUAUCGCUGAUAUGCGCUCUCAUUUCCGCUCAGCACGUCUUGAUCUGGAGCGUGCUAUUCCAGGCGAAACUGCCAAUGUCAGUCUUGAGGAUGGAAAAGGGACUUUGAGUGCCUUGGUGAGGCGCGUUGAGUCCCUAGCAAAAGAUCUGGGAACAGAGCGUAGCUACCAUCACGGCUCCCUUGAUCGCGAAAAGGCCAUCCGAGGUCAAUUCGACGCUCUACUACACCGAUACGAAGCAGCUGCAAACAAAAUCAACAGUCUCGAGGACUCAAUCGCAUCUUCCGCGGGCGACAUGCUCCACACACGAAUGCGAAUGCAAGAUCUCGAGCGCGAAGGCCAAGAACAGGCCGUUGGGAUUGACAGAUUAAGCACUGCUCUCGACAAAUAUCAUGACGAAGUAAAGGGUCUCGAAGAACUCAUCGACAAUCUUGAAAAGGAGAACACCGCCGUGAAGGAGGACUACGUUUGGCAGAUAUCCAAUCUCAAGAAGCAAGUUGCCUGUGAGCAUUCCAAGCGUCUUACUGCCGAAGCUUCCGCUUCCGAGAACAACGCCCGCAUCAGCGAGUUGGAAAAGACCGUUGAGCACAAUCACAUUCGCACCUGUGACUUGAUGGCUCAGGUUGAGAUUCUCGAAAAGGAACACCAAAAGGCCGUGGAGGCUCUGGAUCAAAGUAACAGCGAGCUCCCAAACCAUGCAGCGGAAACAGGUACUCUGAAUGUUCGCAUCUCGGACCUCUCCACGUCAUUAGAUGGGGCCAAAUCCGAGGUACAGCGUCUCCGCCUAAUCAACACAGGCCUCGAAGAGCAACUUCAACAAGAAAUCGAGGCUCGCAAUGAGGUCCUCGAUAAAUGGGCCGCAGACCAAGCACACUCAUUUGCCAACAUGAAAGAGACGAUCAAUGCAGAGCGCCGGAGGGCCAAGGUGCGCGCAGCCAACUGGGAAUUGAAAUCUGACGGUCUCAUGUCUGAUGCCACAACAAUGGACUGUGGAAGCGAGCCUAUCACUCCUGUCGGCAUGACACGUUUUGUGGACAUCGAGUUUGGCCGGGGCAAGGGCCGCCGACGCAUGGAUAGUGGCAUUGGGAUUCUCACUGAGGAGGAACUCCUGAAGGACGAUGGUGCAUCAGACCUACGGCACGGUUUUGACUCUGAUAUUGAUCUACCUACAUCUGAUUUCGUGUAA